ACGGAGAAUUGCUAAUUUGCCUUUGCCUCGUAGAUGCCACCGCCACCCACGUCGACCCACUUUAUUACUAUAUAUAUCACACGAAUCACCCUUCAACAUCCUCACCACUCAUAGACUCAUCAUCAUUCAUCGUUAAGAAAAAACACAAUGGAAACCCCAAUAACCCUCACAGGGUUGCUCCGCAGCGCCGCCGAACGAUUCCCCUCCCGACGAGCCCUCUCCGUCGCCGGAAAGUUAGACCUCACCCACUCCGACCUCGACAAACUCGUCGAACUCGCCGCCGCUCGGUUGGUCUCCGCCGGGAUCAACCCCGGUGACGUCGUCGCUCUCACCUUCCCCAACACCGUCGAGUUUGUUAUAAUGUUUUUAGCCGUUAUCCGAGCGCGAGCCACGGCGGCACCAUUAAACGCGGCUUACACAUCGGAAGAGUUCGAGUUUUAUUUAUCCGACUCCGAAUCGAAGAUUCUGUUAACGCCGGUAGAAGGAAACAAACCUGCUGAAGCCGCAGCUUCCAAGCUCAACAUUCCUCUCGGCUCGGCUUCGCUUACCCAAGCCGAAGGUGAAGAAAAAGUCAAGUUAACCGUCUCUCUGAACCGCACCGAGUCAGAACCCGACUCUGUCAACUCGGUCGCCGGACUCAGUAACGAGCCGUCGGACAUAGCGCUAUUCCUCCACACCUCCGGCACCACGAGCCGCCCCAAGGGAGUCCCGCUGAGUCAGCACAACCUGGCUUCCUCAGUACGCAACAUUCAGUCCGUGUACCGACUCACUGAGUCCGACUCGACGGUGAUCGUUCUCCCGCUGUUCCACGUCCACGGCCUAAUCGCCGGGUUGCUGAGUUCACUCGGCGUCGGCGCGGCGGUGACGCUCCCGGCGGCGGGGAGAUUCUCGGCGUCGACGUUCUGGAAGGACAUGGUGAAGUAUAACGCCACAUGGUACACCGCGGUUCCUACGGUACACCAGAUCAUACUGGAUCGCCACCUGAAUAACCCGGAACCGGUUUACCCGAAGCUCCGGUUUAUUCGAAGCUGCAGCGCGUCGCUCGCACCGGUGAUCAUGGGUCGGUUAGAGGAGGCGUUCGAUGCUCCGGUUUUGGAGGCGUAUGCGAUGACGGAGGCGUCUCAUCUCAUGUGUUCGAACCCGUUGCCGCAGGAUGGGCCCCACAAGCCCGGGUCGGUGGGGAAGCCCGUGGGUCAGGAGAUGGCGAUAUUGAAUGAAACGGGUCGGGUCAUGGAGGCUGAGGCUAAUGGAGAGGUUUGUAUUAGGGGGCCUAAUGUGACGAAAGGGUAUAAGAAUAACCCGGAUGCUAAUACGGCGGCGUUUUUGUUUGGUUGGUUUCAUACGGGUGAUAUUGGGUUCUUUGAUUCUGAUGGGUACUUGCAUCUCGUGGGUCGGAUCAAGGAGCUCAUAAAUAGAGGAGGAGAGAAAAUAUCCCCAAUAGAAGUGGAUGCUGUCCUCCUAUCCCAUCCAGAGAUAGCCCAGGCAGUUGCUUUCGGAGUGCCAGAUGAGAAGUAUGGCGAAGAGAUACAUUGCGCAAUCAUCCCAAGAGAAGGAUCAAACAUUGAUGAGGCAGAGGUUUUAAGAUUUAGCAAGAAGAAUCUUGCAUCUUUCAAGGUCCCCAAAAAGGUCUUCAUUACCGAUUCUUUGCCCAAGACCGCCACUGGCAAGAUUUUGCGCCGUCUCGUGGCAGAACACUAUGUUUCCCAAAUUUGAGUUACUCAAGUUCCCAGCUUUGGAGCUUAGAUACCUGACCGAAAAUAAAGCGUUGGAGUCUGCAUUUUGAUUACAUGUUGGCAACCUAGCAUUCAAGAGGAACACUUUGUCUGCAUUUUGAUUACAUGUUAGCCACCUAGCAUUCAAGAGGGAGAUGUUUCAGCCAUUGGUCUUUCCUACAGGAUACAAUAGAUAGUAGAUUUCAAUGAUUCUUGUAAGUGUUCACAAUGUGAUAAACCUUUUAUUUGGCGUGAUUAUUGGAGGGAAAUUGAGUGAAUUGGAAUUAAAUGGAAAUGAAUGAAAUUGGCAAAAUGAA